AUGCUGAAAGACUUAGUGGAAUAUGAAAAUCAAAUUGAGCAACUGAAGCUUAAAAUUAAGAAUCAAGGAACAAAUGCAGGAGCUGGCAAGGAUGAGUCCAUUGCCUAUCCAGCUGAAGCGACUAGUUGUCUACCCUUUGGUAAUUCUAGUGAUAUUCACACAAUACGUUUACCUGGCACGGAAGCCUUUCAGGUGUCCUGUGAUUCAAGAUUCGCUGGCAACGGUUGGACCGUGAUCCAACGUAGAAUGGAUGGGUCGGUGAGCUUCAAUAGAACAUGGAAUAAGUAUAAGCAAGGCUUUGGCGAAUUGGACGGCGAGCUGUGGCUUGGCUUAGAAAAACUGCAUCUAAUAACCAAAUUUCAGCCACAAGAGCUUUAUAUACAACUGGAGGAUUUUAGCGGCGAGAAACGUUAUGCACGCUAUAGUAAUUUUUCGGUUGGUAGUGAGUCGCAAUUAUACGAACUUAUUGAUCUUGUGGGUGACUUAUUCUGGAAAGUACUGGGAAUUCGCUGUCUCCACUAG